CACACUGAUAGUACAAGGGAAGAGGAGGAGGAGGACAUGGGUGGGGAAGCACCGCGUGCUGCUGCGGCUAUAGGUCAUUAAGGCGCGCGGUUCGUUCGUUGCUGAACAGAUGCAGAUCGGUGUGUGAAUGAGAGAGAGACGACAAUGAACGGUAGCUGGUGUGUCUGCGUGUGAGAGGAGAGAAGAGGAGCGGGAGUUGGAGCGACAGCGAGAGACAGACAUGGAGGACUCGGAGCCUGGUGGAGAAGACGGUAUGGUCGGCGGCUGGCGGUGGAAUAACCGGAACACCGGAGCUCGAGACCAGGUUCAGCUCAGGCAGAAGAUCCGGGAUUUACCAGGACUAUUGAAACAUGGACUGCACCUACGGAAGAAAAGCCAGUCACCUGAUACCAUCCCUGGACCCAGCACAAGCCCUACUGUUCACAAGUCCUGCUCCCAGAGUUUCCCGUGUGCAGGGCGUGCGGUGAGGAAUGCGUUCCUGUCUCAUGGUCCAUACCCUGCUAAAGACAAGAUUCACCUCGCCAGGAUCAUAAGGCGUAGCUACGUGGGUGUAGACCUGGUUCAGUGGCUGUGUGAGCAGUGUGUGUACGUGCGCUGUCGGAGCAUGGCCGUGCGCGUCUGGCAAGUCUUACUGGAGCUGGGCAUCCUGCUGUCUGUGGAUCAGCGCGUGGUGUUCGGGGACUCUAACUCCUACUACCAGUUCAGCUUUGAGGAGUGUGAGUCUGCAGCCUGCGAGUUCAGUGGCCUGGAGAAAGAGGCGUGGCCAGAGGCUGUUAGACUUCUCCUACAGCUUGUCCCAUACGUCCAGUUCAGAACUGGGUCUGAGGAGGACUCAGAGGGAAACAGAGAUAUCUGUGGGGACAGCUUUCUCCAGAUGAAAGCAUUAGAUAGGCUCACCUCCACGGUGCAGAAUGAGUUGGCUGUUGCUCUCGCCCGCAAGGCUCGCAAAGCCAUGGCAGAGCAGGGUGGCCCAGAGUCACCAGACGCCAUCCCCCGAGAGACACCCACACCCAGCGACGAGAACACCACGCCCCCCUCCUUACAGCUGGGGGGGGUGUGUUCGCUCCGUGGCAACGUGGGGAGUGUGUGUGUGCGGCCUGACGGUGUGUGUGGACGAGAGGAGCUGACCAGACUAGAGCUGGUCCAGAGACUGGCUAAGGACGGCUGCAGACUGCUACAGAACCAGAACUACAGAGUACCAGACCACCGCAACCCCACCGGAGAGGUGGUAGGGAGGGUGUGUCUUAAGGAAAGGGGGCGGGAUGUCCUUGUGCUACAGAGAGUGCCAUCAUCAGUGACAUCAUCACCUAACCCCGCCUCAUCGCCAUCAGGGGGAGGAGCCAGAGAAGAAGAUGGAGAGAAGAGGUAUGUGGUGGUGUCUGGAACACCACUGAAGAUUCUAGAACACCUGCUGAGUGACCUACGACUGGACGACCAGAGAGGAACGCCAGAGAGCAGAGAGUCUGAGAUGCUGCUGGAUGACUUCCUGUUGACGUACCUGGUGUUCAUGACGACCAACGACCUCUGUCAGGCCCUGCUCGGACACUACAGCAGUAAGCGUGUGCGUCAGGAGGAAGGGAAGGAGGCCCUCUAUAGGAAGAGGAAGGUAUUACACCUGGUCUCUCACUGGACACGCCUAUAUAAGGACUUCCUACGAGAGGACGAACACAUCAAGACAUUCAUGAAGACUCUCUCUAGGUGUGUGUUAGAGGAUCUUUAUGAGUUUCCAUCUCUGGAGAAAGACAUGAAGGAGUUCCAGAAGCUUCUACGACGCAGACACACUGUGGAUGAAUGUCCUCCACAGCAAAAGAGUAAACCUAUGUUCCAGCAGCUCAGUUUAAAAGAGAACAGUCUUCCGCUCCGUUCCCCUCAGGUUGACACCAAGGAGGUGUUGUGUCGUGUGUAUGUGAGUGCUGACUCCUACCUGUGUGUUUACACACACUCUUUGCUGAGCGUCGCAGAGCUGCUGAGGAUUGUGGGUCAGAAGAUGGACCGACCAGAGGAGGACAUGGUGCUGGUCACACACACACACAGUGGAGAGAGGAGGGUGUUACAGGCUGGUCAGUGUGUGUAUUCUGAGACUCUGAUGCCACAGAGCAAACUGAUGGUCUGUCAGAGGGACCUCACACAUAUUAUGGCCCCUCUAACAGACAGUGAGCUGAGUAGGAGAACAGUGAGGUUGCUGGGUAUCAACACCUGGGAUAUGGCUGCUGCUCUUACACAACUGGACUGGAACCUCUUCAACUACAUACACGAGCAGGAGUUGGUGUAUUCCACAAUGAGCUGUAGUACCGGAGACAGCCACCGGGAGGGGCUGUCCGUAUUACUGCAGCGUUGUAAUGAGGUUCAGCAGUGGGUCAUGUCUGAGGUCCUGAUGUGUGUGUCGCUCAACAAACGAGUCCAGCUGCUCAAGAAGUUCAUCAAAAUCGCAGCGCACUGUAAGGCCCAGAGGAACCUGAACUCAGCAUUUGCCAUCAUCAUGGGACUAAACACUGCAGCUGUCAGCAGACUCAAUAUAACCUGGGAGAAAGUUCCGGGGAAAUUCAAGAAGAUUUUCUCUGAACUGGAGUUGAUCACAGACCCGUCUCUGAACCAUAAGGCCUACAGAGAUGCCUUCAAGAAGAUGAAGCCUCCUAAGAUCCCUUUCAUGCCCUUGCUGUUGAAAGACAUCACCUUCAUCCACGAGGGAAACAAAACCUUUCAGGACAACCUGGUGAACUUCCAGAAACUGCACAUGAUCGCCGACAUAGUGCGUCUGAUUCGCCACUGCCAAAGCGACCAACUGGGUAACGAGGUGGUCGGCAGCGACAGUCCUGAGGUCAGGGCGAGUGUUCACCACUUACACAUCAUCGACAAUCAACAGACACUCUUUCAACUGUCACACAAACUGGAGCCACGCGCCUGAACACACACACACUCCUAGAGGGACUUUUGACCUCCACAGAACCACAGAAAAUACACUUCCUGUAUCAAAGGUGCCAUGCGAGCCACUGUCUCUCAGCCAAUCACAGUUCAACAUCCUGAAAUAGCCAGCCAACCACACUUCAGAAGACUGAUUCAGCCAGCCAACCACAGAGCUGCACACUGAGGCGGCGUUCAGACUGAAAAUGAAUAUCUGGCAAAACCUAAUUCAGAAUGUUUUUCUAUGAGGGUCAAACUUUGACGGAUGACAAAGCCUUUGAAGAGGACGGGCGUCCAUUCGUUAUUGUUCUGUGGUGAAUAGCGUUUUUAAGCUACUCUCCAGUUUCUGAGACUGCUUGUUGUUCUGUUUCUGCUCUGAAGUUAACAGUCAGUUUCACUGUAUUGAUGAUCCUCAGUAAUGUGACUGCAGAUAUUAAUGGAUGGUAUAAAUGUACAGUGUAUAUAUGGACAGAGUAAACACAGAGUAGAUGUGUACUGUAUGUGUUCAGGCCACAUGGUGAGCCUCUGGGUGUUACAGUGCCAAAGGCCCAGAUGGGAAAGAGAUGCCAUAUUCGGCUUUUCACAUGUAUCCAUAGUAACAACAAAGCCUGGUCCUGCCAUACCAUAAAAGGUCAUAACAUUACACAUUGUUAUUAGACGUUAUAACAUGGUAUUAUAGAGAGUUAUUAUAUUGUUGUUACACUUUUACUGACUGAAGAGAUUGUUCUGUUAUUUCAAUGCCUGUUACACACAGAUUUCACUAAGCAACAUGGCCUGGGUUCAAUCCCAGCCAAUGAGUUCUACAUUGACCUAGAACAUUACCCUGUUAAGGCUUGGCGUAUUCACACCGAUCUAGAACAUUACCCUGUUAAGGCUUGGCGUAUUCACACCGACUGAUCUAGAACAUUACCCUGUUAAGGCUUGGCGUAUUCACACUGAUCUAGAACACUACCCUGUUAAGGCUUGGCGUAUUCACACUGAUCUAGAACAUUACCCUGUUAAGGCUUGGCGUAUUCACACUGAUCUAGAACAUUACCCUGUUAAGGCUUGGCGUAUUCACACUGAUCUAGAACAUUACCCUGUUAAGGCUUGGCGUAUUCACACUGAUCUAGAACACUACCCUGUUAAGGCUUGGCGUAUUCACACCGACUGAUCUAGAACAUUACCCUGUUAAGGCUUGGCGUAUUCACACUGAUCUAGAACACUACCCUGUUAAGGCUUGGCGUAUUCACACUGAUCUAGAACAUUACCCUGUUAAGGCUUGGCGUAUUCACACUGAUCUAGAACAUUACCCUGUUAAGGCUUGGCGUAUUCACACUGAUCUAGAACAUUACCCUGUUAAGGCUUGGCGUAUUCACACUGAUCUAGAACAUUACCCUGUUAAGGCUUGGCGUAUUCACACUGAUCUAGAACACUACCCUGUUAAGGCUUGGCGUAUUCACACUGAUCUAGAACAUUACCCUGUUAAGGCUUGGCGUAUUCACACUGAUCUAGAACACUACCCUGUUAAGGCUUGGCGUAUUCACACUGAUCUAGAACAUUACCCUGUUAAGGCUUGGCGUAUUCACACUGAUCUAGAACAUUACCCUGUUAAGGCUUGGCGUAUUCACACUGACUGAUCUAGAACAUUACCCUGUUAAGGCUUGGCGUAUUCACUGACUGAUCUAGAACACUACCCUGUUAAGGCUUGGCGUAUUCACACUGAUCUAGAACAUUACCCUGUUAAGGCUUGGCGUAUUCACACUGAUCUAGAACAUUACCCUGUUAAGGCUUGGCGUAUUCACACUGAUCUAGAACAUUACCCUGUUAAGGCUUGGCGUAUUCACACUGACUGAUCUAGAACAUUACCCUGUUAAGGCUUGGCGUAUUCACACUGACUGAUCUAGAACAUUACCCUGUUAAGGCUUGGCGUAUUCACACUGAUCUAGAACAUUACCCUGUUAAGGCUUGGCGUAUUCACACUGAUCUAGAACACUACCCUGUUAAGGCUUGGCGUAUUCACACUGAUCUAGAACAUUACCCUGUUAAGGCUUGGCGUAUUCACACUGAUCUAGAACAUUACCCUGUUAAGGCUUGGCGUAUUCACACUGAUCUAGAACAUUACCCUGUUAAGGCUUGGCGUAUUCACACCGACUGAUCUAGAACAUUACCCUGUUAAGGCUUGGCGUAUUCACACUGAUCUAGAACAUUACCCUGUUAAGGCUUGGCGUAUUCACACUGAUCUAGAACAUUACCCUGUUAAGGCUUGGCGUAUUCACACUGACUGAUCUAGAACAUUACCCUGUUAAGGCUUGGCGUAUUCACACUGAUCUAGAACAUUACCCUGUUAAGGCUUGGCGUAUUCACACUGAUCUAGAACACUACCCUGUUAAGGCUUGGCGUAUUCACACUGAUCUAGAACAUUACCCUGUUAAGGCUUGGCGUAUUCACACUGAUCUAGAACACUACCCUGUUAAGGCUUGGCGUAUUCACACUGAUCUAGAACACUACCCUGUUAAGGCUUGGCGUAUUCACACUAGUACAUGCACAUGUAUCUACAGUAUUCAGGUGUGUAGGAGCAGGGCAGCACUGCAAUAGGACUGCUUAUUGUAAUAGUGAGUGUAUUUAUGUUUCUCUAAAGGAGACAGACUGUGACGGUCCUGUGUGCCAGAUGAGACGGCAGCUGUAUAAAGACAAUAAUAAAACUGUAAAGCUAUAAAAGGUUACGGUUAGAUGUGUAAAGAUAGUGAACUGUGUAUAAAAAGGUUUGAAUUUGAAGCUGAAAUGCUGGAAUGUUUAAAACAGGAGACUAGUGAAUGAUUGUUACUGUCCUGCGUGAUGUCAAAAUGAGGGGGGGCGACAGAGGAAAAAAAAGAACCAAUGAAAAAGAGAGUUUUGUUGUUGUUUUCUUGCCGUGGUCAUGACGAUGUAAAGUUCUGUUUUAAAGAAUGUUGUUGUGUUUGCAUGACGUGACGAUCCCAUGACAUCACAAUGCAAGACCACAGAUCCUGUUCUAUAAUGCCCUACGUUUGACCCGAACCCAUGUGGUCCCGAACCCAUGUGGUCCCGGUCAAAAGUAGUGUACUAUAUAAGCGAGGGAAUAGUGUGCCAUUUCAGAUUUGCUAUAAGGCUUUAUUCUUCUGUAAUAUUGUUGACUUGUUAAUAUGGAUAAUGUUAAUACUAGAAGGCAGGGUUUCCCAACCCUUUCCUCGGCUACUGGCAGACAUUUCACAUUUCAGUUUUAACCCUAAACUGCCAGCAUGAUUCAGUUGGUCAGCUAAUCAUCAAGCCUUUAACUAAUUGAAUCAGGUAUGCCAGUUCAGGGUUAAAACAUACAUGUGAAACGUCUAGGGGAGGCCAGAGGAAAUAGUUGGGAAACCAAUGCUAUAAUGUUAUUAUUAUUAUUAUUGUUUUAUUAUGAUGUUUUUGAUGUUAUUAUUUAUCUGUUUAAAAGUAGACUCCUCAAUAUGACAUCAUAAAGAGCGGGUCGACUGCUUUUCGCAACAUCAUCAACAGAAUUCAACUCUGCCACUAUUGGCUCUGCCACUAUUGGCUCUGCCUCUAUUGGCUCUGCCUCUAUUGGCUCUGCCUCUAUUGGCUCUGCCACUAUUGGCUCUGCCUCUAUUGGCUCUGCCACUAUUGGCUCUGCCACUAUUGGCUCUGCCUCUAUUGGCUCUGCCUCUAUUGGCUCUGCCACCAUUGGCUCUGCCACCAUUGGCUCUGCCUCUAUUGGCUCUGCCUCUAUUGGCUCUGCCACUAUUGGCUCUGCCUCUAUUGGCUCUGCCACUAUUGUCUCUGCCUCUAUUGGCUCUGCCACUAUUGUCUCCAAAUUGUGCCCUCCCUUGAAGAGAUUUGAAUUCUGUUGUUGUUGUUGAUUCUGUUUCCCCGCCGUACAUGAUGCCAUAUUGGUGAGUGUACCUUUAGGGAAAAGAGAAACACAGAGCAAUAUGCCCCCCCCCCCUAACUGCUGAAGCCACACGUCUUUUCUAAAGAGCAUUUUACUACAUACAAGUUUUACUUGAGAUGAUGAAUAAAUUAUAGGUUUUAUGUCAUAUUAAA